AUGGACACGGCUGGUCAGAGUACGCCGGCGACCGAGGCAGGGGGAGAGGGUCGAGGAGGAGGGGGGGAGAGUCGCGACGGAGUGUUUGUAGGGUCUGUGGACCGGGAGAAUGUGUCCAGCCCAAGCCCCUCCACCAAGCAGCGCUCCCUGAGGGCAGUCUAUGUGCUGAACGAUGGGCUGAAGGCAGUGCUGGCGACCAGCCCCGAGUCGGGGGCACUCCAGUGUCUGCAGAGAGCCUGUGAUGCAGAGAGCGCUCUGCUGACCACCGUCACCUUCGGACGACUGGACUUUGGAGAGACCUCGGUGCUGGACACCUUCUACGAUGCAGACAUAGCGGUAGUUGAUAUGAGUGAUGUGUUCCGGCAGCCGUCGUUGUUUUACCAUCUGGGUGUCAGAGAGAGCUUCGACAUGGCCAACAAUGUCAUCCUGUACCAUGACACUGACCCCGACACCGCUUUGUCACUUAAGGCAUCCAGUGGUAACUACUACUUCAUCCCCUAUGUGCUGACUCCUAACCAUGAGUAUAUGUGUUGUGAGAGCGAUGCCCAGAGGAGGGCCAGUGAAUACAUGCAGCCCAGCUGGGACAGCCUGCUGAGUCCUCUCUGUCUGCCACUCACCGACCGCUUCACCUCACUGCUCAAGGACAUCCACGUCACCUCCUGUGCCUCAUUUAAGGACACUCUGCUGAAUGACAUCAGGAAGGCCCGUGAUAAGUACCAGGGGGAGGAGCUAGCCAAGGAGCUGUCUCGUAUCAAACUCCGCAUCGACAACACAGAGGUCCUAACACAGGACAUCGUCAUGAACCUGCUGUUCUCAUACAGAGACAUACAGGACUAUGAUGCCAUGGUGAAACUGGUCCAGACUCUGGAGAUGCUGCCUACCUGUGACCUGGCCACACAGCCCAUGAUACAGUUCCACUACGCUUUUGCUCUCAACAGGAGGAACAGCCCGGGGGACAGAGAGCAGGCUCUAGGUGUGAUGUUACAGGUCUUACGGUCAUGUGACCACCCAGCUCCAGACAUGUUCUGCCUGUGUGGACGGAUCUACAAGGACAUCUUUCUCGAUUCUGACUGUAAAGACACCAAGAACAGAGACAACGCCAUCCAGUGGUAUAGGAAAGGUUUUGAGCUCCAGCCAACUCUCUACUCUGGUAUCAAUCUGGCUAUUCUGCUCAUUGUUGCUGGACAACAGUUUGAGAGUUCCAUCGAGCUGAGAAAGAUAGGUGUAAGGUUAAACAGUCUCCUCGGUCGUAAGGGCUCGUUAGAGAAGAUGAAUAACUACUGGGAUGUCGGUCAGUUCUUCACCGUUAGCAUGUUGGCUAACGACAUCCCUAAAGCUACGCAGGCCGCAGAGAAACUCUUCAAACUCAAACCACCCAUCUGGUACUUGCGAUCUGUGGUUCAGAACCUGCAGUUGAUCCAGAGAUUUAAGAAGACAACUGUAGAACACUCUCCCCAGAGAGAGAGGCUCAACUUCUGGAUGGACAUCAUCGUAGAGGCCACUAGAGGAAAAAGCAAUGGACUGCGCUUCCCGGUGUUGAUCCUAGAGCCUACUAAGGUCUACCAGCCCUCAUAUGUUUCCAUCAACAGCGAGGCGGAGGAGAAGAACGUCUCCAUCUGGCACGUCUCCCCUGCUGAAACGAAAGGGAUCCAUGAGUGGAACUUCACUGCAACAUCCAUCAAAGGAAUCAGUAUCUCUAAGUUUGAUGAGCGCUGUUGUUUCCUGUAUGUUCACGACAACUCAGACGACUUCCAGAUCUACUUCUCUACUGAAGACCAGUGUGGCCGGUUCUGUUCCAUGGUGAAGGAGAUGAUUUCUGAUGGAACAGGAAAUGCAGUGGAGCUGGAGGGAGAUGGAGACGGAGACACACUGGAGUACGAGUAUGACAUUAACGAGAAGGCGGACCGUGUGGUGCUGGGCCGGGGGACCUACGGAGUGGUGUACGCUGGGAGAGACAUGAGCAACCAGGUCCGCAUCGCCAUUAAAGAGAUACCAGAGAGAGACAGCAGGUACUCCCAACCCCUUCAUGAGGAGAUAGCGCUGCAUAAGUACCUGAAGCACAGGAACAUUGUUCAGUACCUGGGCUCAGUCUCAGAGGACGGAUACAUCAAGAUCUUCAUGGAGCAAGUCCCUGGAGGCAGCCUGUCAGCGUUGCUGCGGUCAAAGUGGGGUCCGUUGAAGGAGGCAACCAUCAUCUUCUACACACGACAGAUCCUGGAGGGACUCCGCUAUCUCCACGAGAACCAGAUAGUACACCGUGACAUCAAGGGGGAUAAUGUAUUAGUUAAUACCUACAGUGGAGUUCUGAAGAUAUCAGACUUUGGGACGUCUAAAAGGCUUGCGGGGGUCAACCCCUGCACCGAGACCUUCACUGGCACCCUGCAGUACAUGGCUCCAGAGAUCAUAGACAAGGGUCCUCGGGGUUACGGAGCUCCAGCUGACAUCUGGUCUCUGGGCUGCACCAUCAUAGAGAUGGCUACUGGGAAACCCCCCUUCCACGAGCUGGGAGAGCCUCAGGCUGCUAUGUUUAAGGUGGGGAUGUUUAAGAUCCACCCAGAGAUCCCAGAGUCGUUGUCGUUGGAGGCCAAGUCGUUUAUCCUGCGUUGUUUUGAGCCUGACCCUAAUAAGAGGGCUACCGCCUCAGACCUGCUCAAAGAUAUCUUUGUACGACACAAUGUCAAGGGAAAGAAGAGCAAGAUCGCCUUCAAGCCAUCAGACUACAUCCGCAGUGUUUCGCUGCCGGUGCAGUUACAGUGUGAGGCCACCGGGAGCAGCAGCAGCGAACCCGGCUCAGUGAGUCCAGACUGCGACUCCAAACAGGAUGUCUUCUUUCAGAAGAACAAACGAUCAGGGUCAGAGAACCUGCUCAAACCACCUAGCAACAACUACCUAAGUGUACCGGAUGAGGGGUCAGUGUCAGAGGACCGUAGCUCUCCUGCGUCUCUAGAAGACAGAGAUGGAGGGCUCUUCCUGCUGAAGAAGGACAGCGAGAGGAGAGCCAUCCUCUACAAGGUCCUGAACGAGGACCAGGACAAAGUCAUCUCCAACCUCCUGGAGAACCACAUACAGGGCAGUGAGGAGCUGCAGCUCUCUGUGGACCACAUUAAACAGAUCAUCUGUAUCCUGAGAGAUUUCAUCCACUCCCCGGAGCGACGCGUCAUGGCAACAACCAUCUCCAAACUCAAACUGGACCUAGACUUCGACUCUACAUCCAUCAACCAGAUACAACUGGUUCUUUUUGGCUUCCAGGAUUCAGUGAACAAGGUCCUGAGGAACCAUCAUAUUAAACCUCACUGGAUGUUUGCUAUGGACAACAUCAUCAGACGAGCAGUACAGGCUGCAGUCACCAUCCUCAUACCAGAGCUCCAGACCCACUUCGGCCCGGCCUCGGAGAGCGAGGGACCAGAUAAGGAGGAGGAGGAAGAGGAGGAGGAGGCAGAGUUUGGCCCUGUAUUGGUCACGCCUCCAGAUGAUCCUGCUGUGACCCCCGAACCCGUAGUGACCUCAGCAGUCAGCACGCUCAGCUCCACCCUCUCCUCCCCGCCUCCGCCUCCGCGCUCACAGCCUCUCGGAGCCCAGUUGGGCCGGCUCAAACAGGAGACCAACCGGUUAUUGGAGGAACUGCUGCACAGGGAGAGGGAGUACCAGCAGGUCCUGAAGACAACACUACAGCAAAGACAACAUGACCUAGAGCUGGUCAGGGUCAGAUACAGACCCCCAGACAUUCCUCCUCCCUCUAUCUUCCAAGUCCCAGUUAACCACGAGCCUGAUAAGCAGCUCACUGAUUGGCUGAAAGACCAGAGUGCAGAUGCAGACACCAUAGACAAGUUUGUAAUGGAGGAGUACACGCUGAGCGAUGUCCUUAAUGAUGUCACUAAGGAGGACCUGCGCUACCUACGCCUACGGGGUGGGGUGCUGUGUCGUAUAUGGCGGGGUAUCCAGAGGCACAGAGAGCGAGAGAGGCUGACAAGGGAUGACUCCAAAGAUGACGGAUGAUGGGAUACAUGAACUACGACUGCCUUAACACUCACACACAGAGAAAUAGAAUGAAUAGAACCGGCAUCCCCAUUCAAGUCAAUGAUGGCAUAUUGGUUGGGCAGGCAGCCAUUGCAAGUGUACCCAUAGGGGCAAAGCAGGAAGUGAAAGCUGGAAGUGUACCCAUCAAUCUGUGUUGUGAUUUGUUGAAUCAACUCAACUGACAUUACAAAAAAAUACAUUCCAUGAGCCACAUCAGUUAGCGUCAUUUGAAUGAAUAUUCUAUAUUACCAUCGGAAUUAUUGCAACACAAUACCAGGUAGCCAUUGUGAGUGUACCCAUUAUUACCAGUCAAAUUGCAAGGGUUAGAGGUUGCAAACCCAUUCUAUUCGUUCUAUUUCUAUGCAUGCACACAUGCACACACAGACCAAACUGUUGUGUGUAUGUGUUUGAUUAAGUGUGUGAUUGAGUGUGUGUGUGUGUGUGUGUGUGUGUGUUAUGUACACCACACGUGCUUCUUAGGUUUCGUCCCAUGCCAAAUUCUGCCUGCUCAUUGGUCCUGCAUUGCACCAGGAAGUUUGUGGCCCUAGCCAAGAGAGGCAGUGGGCAUUUAGUUACACACACAACCAGACAACCAGUCUGUAAUGUAGUGUUUAUUUUUUGGUCUCUCUAAUUCUGUAUAGUGAGGUGUAUAGUAUAGAGGUCUAUUGUGUAGAAUUGUGUUUGUAGUUAGCACAGGUCUGUGGAUUUUCAUGUUUUAGCCCAGCUGUGUUCAUAUUUUAGAUGUCUUCAUGUGAUUUCAAUGUGUUACUUUAAAGGUGCAAUAUGCACGAUUUACAGCUGUUCCAGGGUCAUUUCAAUAAA